AAAGUGGUCAGAGUCCAGAGAGCUGCGAGGUCAGAGAGUGGACAACCAGCAGCAAGGACAUCUCCACUCAGCCCUCCCCUGAAGCUGAACUGUGCCACUGAGAGGAUGAAGGUCUCCAUGGCUGCCUUCUUUCUCCUCAUCCUCAUCCUCACCACUACUUCUGCUUUAGGCAGCCAGCCAAGAAUUCCUGAGUCGGUGAACUCUUCACCCACCUGCUGCCUGAAGUAUCAUGAGAAAGUAUUGCCAAGGAAACUGGUGCUGGGAUACAGAAGGGCCCUCAACUGUUACCUGCCAGCAAUCAUCUUCAUCACCAAAAAGAAGCGAGAGAUCUGCGCCAACCCCAAGAACAAAUGGGUCCAAGAGUACAUUGAGGACCCCAACCUACGUUUGCUACCCCCCGGAAACUCGGGCCGGGUUAAAACUAUUAGAUCCUAGAAAGGCCAACCCCAGCUCCUCAAUUCUCCGUCAUGAUCAGGCCUGGGGUGGGGGUGGCGGGGCAAGGUUUGGGAAAGAAAGGUGUAACCAUGUGAAUACGCAAGCAACCUUGUGGUCUGAAUGACUAGAGUCUCAUUCAGAGGAGGCCAGUGAUCCAAAAAGUAAUCAAAAGUAUUUUGAAAAUUCUUUCAGUCUCUAGAAGAAAUGCCAAAGGUGAGGGAAGUGGGCAGUGAUACACUCAAUACACAGAAAAACAUCUUUCAUAUCCUUCUCCUUGCUCUGCUUUCAGUUCCUCACCUCACACCAAUACACCAACCAUUCUAAAGAAUUAUGUCCAGCUUCCGACCAGCCAGACCAUUUUUAGCCUCUGACUCACUACGAGCCCCACAGAAAUCUUGACUUUUCCUGUCCAUCAUUAUCCCUUUUCUAGAUCUCUUUUUUCUUCUAUUAUUCUUUUCUUUUAAAGCAUAACUUUUUCUUAAUAGGCCUGAGUGGGAACAGUCAUAAGCUAAUGAUUUUUGUCCCUGUUGCAGAGGCUUUGCUAGAUCCCCCAUCACUACUUGGUCUUCCCCCGGGUGCCAUGGAUACAGACAGUGCCAAAACAAAAGAAGAAGUGUGACUCUCUAGCUCCCACACUAAGCUUUGCAGGGCAGGAAAAGGGCAUUAGACCAGGCUGGGGGUAAAAAUCUUGGUCCAAAACUCAACCAUCCGAUAAAUAAAAUUUCCUUUAUUGCCAACUUGA